AUCUGAAGAGGGCCUUUUGCUGCUCGACUUCACUCUCAGUCUUGGGGCCUUCCCCAUCGUCUUGCCUCUCGCCUUCUGGAUCCCUCAACUUUUGGAAGCUGCUUGACCUACAUCAUUCAGAUUCCAAGAGAGAGGUCAUCCUGGGUGACUCCUUAGCUCCAAGAAGAGGCUUGGUGAUUGAUUCUCCAAGAUUCAUGGUAGCAGGUUGGCCUGCCACUCCUCCUGCUAUGAUGCCUGGGCAGAUCCCGGACCCUUCGGUGACUGCAGGCUCCCUGCCAGGGCUUGGCCCCCUGACUGGACUCCCCAGCUCGGCCCUGACCGCGGAGGAGCUGAAAUACGCUGACAUCCGCAACCUCGGGGCCAUGAUCGCACCCUUGCACUUCCUGGAGGUGAAACUGGGCAAGAGGCCCCAGCCCGUGAAAAGUGAGGUGGGCAUCCUGGGGAAGGGAUUAAAGCCGAUGAGGAGGCUGGGGACACUGUUAGUGACAAGAGGAAAUGGGUCCCAGCAUUUGGAAGGACCAAGAAAGAAAUAUUGGGUAUGGAGCAGCAGGGAAGAUCUUAAAUCUCAGCAGAGGUUAGAUGAGGAAGAGGAGCGAAGGAAAAGGCGCCGGGAGAAGAACAAAGUCGCAGCAGCACGAUGCCGGAACAAGAAGAAGGAGCGCACGGAGUUCCUGCAGCGGGAAUCGGAGCGGCUGGAACUCAUGAAUGCAGAGCUGAAGACUCAGAUCGAGGAGCUGAAGCAGGAGCGGCAGCAGCUCAUCCUGAUGCUGAACCGACACCGCCCCACCUGCAUCGUCCGGACCGACAGCGUCAAGACUCCCGAGUCAGAAGGCAACCCACUGCUCGAGCAGCUCGAGAAGAAGUGACCAUGGGCUGGGAGGAGGCGGAGAAGGAGGAAGAGGAGGAGGACGAAAAGUGACAACGAGCGAGGAGGACGGGGCGCCCAGAGAGCCCUUCCUCUGGUGCAUGAAAAACUGUGCAAUGAGGUUCGGCUCAGCCAACAUCAGCCGAGCUUUUUUGUGAAACUCAGAUCAGCCACCCAGGGGGAAAAGCGGGCUGAGGAAACCCAGAGGGACCAAGCGCUGAGACCAAAGUUGACCCUCGGGUAGGGUUGUCCUGCCUGGGGCCCCACUUGAAGGUAGCAGGACAGAGGCGCCGAGGCCAGGGAGACGCCCAACAAGGCAACCCUGGGCCCUUCUUCGGCCUCUUCACCAGGGCACCCACCCGAGGAACCUCCCAACAGCCAGGAAAAGCCAUGAGUUGCAACCAAAAUGCGGCUGAGGAUGGAACUCAGAAUGAAACUGCAACCCAUCUGCCCCCAGCCCUGCCCUUCACCCUGAUGCGAAGCGGGAGAGGGGCAUGCUGCGGGGCCCUGAUGCCCCCACCCACCUCGGUCCAGCGCGGCCCUGCCCAGGAGGCGGCAGCCGGGCGCACCCUCGCCAGCCCUGCUGGAGUUUGCUGUGGGCACUGAGGCGCGGGCGCCCUUCCAAAGCACAUACUCACCGAAUGUUUACAGACUGGCUGUCCUGGCAGGGCUUUCAACUGCACAUGUUUUUUAUACUUUCCUUUUUUUUUUUUUUUUUUUUUUAUUUUUUUUACAAGAAAAGAUUUUAUACAAGCAAUAUAUAUAUGGAUUUCUAUAAUCACUCGAUGUGAUACAGUAUAAAUAUGCUAUGGUUUGUUUGUUAUGAACAGAUAGCCACCAGUUACGGCCGUUGUGUGUAACUCCUAAGUACUGUAGUCUCUGGGUGUCGGGGGUGGCCGGGGUGGGGGCGGGGUGCAUUUCCAUCCUUGUAAACCCUUCAUAGUACUCAGUCCUGUAUCGCUCAGUAAACAUUGCUCUUACGUACA